UUAUAGCUAGUGCCGCCUCAUACAUAGAGGCGCAGCGACCAAGCGCUCCAUCUGAAUUCAGCACACACAAAACAACUAGCCCACCCAUGCCGUUUCGUAGAUUAGCUGCUGUGCUAUGGCUCGGCGCAGCGCUCACGGCUGUACUCCCCGCCGUUGGAGCGCUUCCACAGCCCAGCAGCAACUGCCAGAGAAAGUGCGGCGUAGUAGACAUCCCCUACCCGUUCGGCAUCGGGCCUGACUCGCCUGACCACUGCGCUAUGCCCAGCUUCAACCUGAGCUGCAAUGACAUGGGGAACGGCGUCCUCAAGCCAUUUCAUACAAAUGUGGAGUUUCUGAGCAUCUCGCUGGAUCAAGGGCAGGCCCGGAUAUUGAACCAAAUCUCCACUUAUUGCUACAACACCACCAGUCAGGAGAUGGACUACGACAACUGGAGAUUGAACUUCACCUAUUUACCCUACAGGUUCUCUGACACCAGCAACAGGUUCACAGUCAUCGGAUGCCAUACACUGGCGUACAUCGGUGACUAUGCUUAUGUGGACAGUUACAUGAGCGGUUGCGUGGCCAUGUGCGGGCAUGGCGAUGUGUCCACCGUCACCAACGGCUCCUGCGCCGGUAUAGGGUGCUGCCAGACUGCCAUCCCCAAGGGGCUACGGUACUACCAGGUCUGGUUCGAUAGAAACUUCAACACAUCACUAAUCUAUAACUACAGUGCCUGCAGCUAUGCAGUGCUGAUGGAAUCGUCAAAUUUCACCUUUCAAACCAACUAUGUAACUUCGCCGGGGUUCAAUCGAACCAACGGCGGGCUCGCUCCGCUGGUGCUUGAUUGGGCUAUUGGAAAUGAGACCUGUGAAGUUGCCCGCAAGGAGCCCGACUCAUACGCGUGCAUGAGCAACAACAGCGAGUGCGUUGACUCGACAAACGGACCGGGCUACAUAUGCAAAUGCUCCCAAGGGUUCCAGGGUAAUCCUUACCUGGUAGAUCGGGAGCAUGGAUGCCAAGAUAUUGACGAGUGCUUGGAUCCGAAGAAGUAUCCAUGCCACGGAAUUUGUCAGAAUAGAGAAGGUGGUUUUAACUGUUCUUGUCCUUCUGGUACGCGAGGCAACGCCACUACUGGGCCGUGCAUGAAAGUGCUUACCAAUGGAGUCCAGAUCGCUCUUGGAAUUUUCACCUCUGUUUUUUUGGGCCUUCUGUUUCUUCUUGGAAUGGAGUGGGUCAAGCACAAGCAGUGGAUCAUAAGACAGGAUCUCGUCAGAAAGAGGGAUGCGUAUUUCCAUCAGCAUGGAGGACAACUAUUAAUAGAUAUGGUGAAAAUAGAGAACAACAUUUCAUUUAAGUUGUAUGGUCGAGAAGAAAUUGAGUCGGCAACAAACAACUUUGAUGACAAGGAAGUCAUUGGAGAAGGAGGUCAGGGGACUGUUUUCAAAGGUCAUGAUCUUGAUCCAGACAACAAUCCAGUUGCAAUCAAGAAAUGCAAGGGAUUGGAUGAGAAUAGAAGGACAGAAUUCGGACAGGAGCUGCUCAUUCUUUCUCGAGUCACACACAAAAACAUUGUCAAGCUUCUUGGUUGCAGUUUGCAUUUUGAAGCUCCAGUUCUAGUCUACGAAUUCGUGCCAAAUAAAACUCUGCACUAUCUAAUCCAUGUCCAGGAUGAGGUGUCCAUCAGAAGACUGGAGAUCCGUCUGAAAAUUGCUGCCGAGUCAGCUGAAGCACUUGCAUACCUACAUACACUAAACCACCCGAUCUUUCAUGGCGAUGUAAAGUCCGCCAACAUUCUUCUGGGCCACGAUCUUUCUGCGAAGGUCUCUGAUUUUGGGUGCUCGAUGAUAAGGUCAGCUGAAGAAAACCUUCAUGCAGUUAAGGGGACAAUGGGCUACUUAGAUCCAGAGUACCUAUUAAACUUUGAGCUCACUGAUAAGAGCGACGUUUACAGCUUUGGUGUAGUUCUUCUGGAGCUCCUAACACGCAGGAAGGCAUUAUCCAAAGAGAAGGAGAGCCUCGUGUCUGUGUUCAAGGAGGCAGCAAAGGAGGGCAAGCUUGCGGAGCUCGUGGAUAGGGAGAUAGCCGACCAAGGCGACAUGGAGCUUAUAUGUCAAGUGGCGGAGCUGGCAGGUCAAUGCUUGGCUAUGGCUGGUGUGCACAGGCCAACGAUGAGCCAGGUGGCGGUGGAACUCCGUCAACUGGCAGGUACGGCGCAGGCUCGACAGCGCACUGGAGCACUUCAUGGUAUUAGCCCACUCACAGUGCAAGGAAGGCUAACUACUGAUGCAUCGGACUGUUAUACUGGGGAAGAAACAACUGAUUACUCCAGCUUUAAGAAGAAAGCCUCUAUGAGCAUAGAAUUUGCAAGAUGAAAUUACUAUGUGCAUUUAUUGCCAUGUCACAGAUGCGGCAAGUUUACACCUAUGUCUCAUUUUGAUAUGUUUAAGAUGUUUUAAUUCUGUUUGUUAUAACAAAUUCCCUGAUAUGCAAUGUAAGAUAGGAGAGUACCACAUCAUAGCAUUUUUUUUUCUCUCAUAUUUUUUAUAAUAUAAUGGACAUAAACGUAUUUGUAAACCAUAGAUCAAUAAAGACGUGACUCAGAACAUUUCUCU